AUGGCAUGUCAUACAAAACUCCCGAAACUGGAAACCGAAGAAAUAUCCAGUAAGAGUACAAAUUUAUUAGGACCUAGUAUGGAAUCGAAAUUUGACGAGCUCAAGUACGAAAUAAUUCAUAAAAUAGAUAGUGAACUAACUGACUCGAAAAACGCAAGAGAUUAUAUAACGCAAAAGUACGACGAGCUUUGUAAUAAGAUACAGUAUCUAGCCGAACUAGACUCUACGGUAAACGGUUUUCGCACUGAUGUUAAAGCAAUAGAAAAACAGAUACUGGAAUUGUCUACAAGAUUGGAUGAUGUAGAGAAGAGAGCGAUUGCAAGAGAUUGUCCAUCUAUUACGUCAUCAAUGUUGGGUGUACCUAAAUAG